GACCGUAGUUCCUGAACUGAGACCCACCCAAACGCCAGCGGACCAUUCAAGAAUGGAUUGAUCAGCUUGAAAAAAUGCCGGCAUCGGUCACUUCUCCCAACCGCCGCCCGAACCCGUUGCCCCAGUAGCUAUUGCAUCUCACAACAUGAUACCAUGCCGAGUUAUUCGUCAGCACCACUCCGCGUAAUACAUGCUUGUCUCGGCGAUUGAUAUAACGCAACCUUGCAUUUCUUGAUCUUGUUAUUUCUGGAGACCUCUACCUUGCCCCCUUCCAGCCCCUUAAACCCCUCGUGAACUUUUGUGGACUACUCCUUUUUCUGUCCCACCCCUCCAUCCAUCCCCACAAUGUCAAGGAUACCAGCCGUGAAUGCAAAACCAAACCCCCUCGUCCUCAGCAGUCUCGUGCUAGGGAUAGCCUCCACCGCCUCCGCCCAAAAUUACUAUGGCUCUCCCGGCAACCCUUAUACCAGCGGCGGCAGCUCCAACGGUGAUGGCUCAUCUUCCUCCGGGUUCAACAACUUCAACGCCGGGGCUGGCUUCGACAUAAACGCUGCCAUGCGCACCCGCGCUAUUCACGGUAUCCUCGCUGCUUUGGCCAUGGCGAUCUUGUUUCCUUCCGGCUCGAUCCUCAUGCGUGUUAUACCAGGCCGGUUCGCAAUCUGGGCGCACGGAAUCUCGCAGGCUGUUGCGCUGGUGGUGUAUAUCGCUGCUGUCGGACUGGGUCUUCAUCUUGUGAGGGAGGUCGGUAGGGCGAGGGGGAACAAUGGUGACAUGUUCUCCGAUCCGAACAGAAGCUACCACCCCAUCAUUGGCAUCGUCGUGUUGGUCUGCCUGCUCUUGCAGCCAAUCUUCGGGUUCAUCCACCACGCCAAGUUCAAAAGACUCAAAACGAGGCAGAUGUGGUCAUACCUCCACUUGUUCAACGGUCGUGUCUUCAUCACGCUCGGUAUGGCGAACGGUGGGCUCGGGCUGUGGAUGGCGGGCGCGAGCAAGGAGCUCAAGACGGCGUAUGUCGCUGUGGCGGCCGUGAUGUGGGUUCUCUGGAUGUUGGCGGCUGCGUAUGGAGAGUGGAAGAGGUGGAAGGCGAACCGUCUGGGAUAUCCGCCGAGGAAUAAGAAAUUCCAUGACGGCGAAGUUCCGUUCUAAGAUUGCGCUUACUAGGAACAUGUCUGUUGGAUUGGAGGUAUGUUGAGACGGGUGUAAACGGCGCAUGUAGAGGUUUUGGAUCUGUUGAGAAUUGAGAUACCAUGCUUUUUUUGUCGAUUGGGAUAAAGUCUGGAGGUAACAAUGAAU